GAUGACUGCUGCUGCGAAUGCCUCCGUCGCACGAGGCGUCUCCCCUAACCAUACCCAGAGCCGACACCCGCGUCUGACCGGUUCGCCCAUCUACAGCUUGGACCAUGUCUUUGGUGGCAUGUCAGCCAUGGGACAGCGAGGGGCAUCCAGCGUGCGACUACGUGCAUGUGCCGGAGUCUUCCGUUUCCUGCUUACCGUCGAGCAGUUUCGUUCUCGGACCGGAUUCCCAAAGGACAAAUUCCCAGCACAGGCCGGAACCAGUCCGAGGCUCACGGCAAGGACGAUCUCGAUGCCGCCGUCGCGGGCGUGAUGGAGUGGCUUGCGCGGCCUGACAACGGCGACUGGCUGUUGAUCUUCGACAAUAUCGACCAAGACCACGAGCAAGGCGGCGUGACAGGCG